AUGAAUUCUGAAGGAAAAUGCCUUGAACGCGAUAUUGUUGAUGGAGUCACGAUUCGGUUGAGAUGCCCCUCAUUGCAAGUCUUCAAUCAAGAAAUGAACUACUGUGACUACCCUGAAGUUUGUUUUCCCCAAGAGGAACAGAGGCAUUCUGUCGCAGCACCAUCUUCCAAGCCGCAGAUCAGCUUUGUUUGCCCCGAGUCGACUGGAGUCUUCUCGCUUGGUUGCACGUCGAAUUUUGUAGAAAAGGACAAGCCUGCUGCAGACACACCUGUCCCAACGGCUGCGCCAAGUACUUAUAGGAUCUCGAACGAGUGCAAAGACCUUUCUGAUGGCAUAUAUGGAUCACACUGCGGUUCAUCCUUCGCUGUCUGCGCCAAUGGAGUAGCCUACACCAUGAACUGCCCUUCGGAUUUGGUCUUCGAUGCUAAAAAUAAUCGCUGUGUCUUCUCAAAAGACUGUGGCGAGAAAUCAGCUGGGAAGAAACAUGGCGAGGUCACAGCUGCACUGCAUAGCCCACAGAACACACGAGGCGAUUGCAUCGGUAAACCAGAUGGCUUGCAUUCUCUCGGAUGCGUUGGAGAAUUUUUGCAAUGCGUUGGCGGAAGAACCUACAGCUUGCACUGCCCUGCCGGGCUAGUUUUCGUAGAACGACUUAGUGUCUGCGAUGAGACUUCCACCUGCAAACAGCUGCACAGACCGAAGAAUGUAAGCAGUCCAUUGGCACAUGAGCCCCUUGUGAGUUCUAGUCCCGAAGAUACAGAAUGCGAAGCUGAGGGAUAUUUUGCACACUUUUGUUCUGUGGAGUUUUAUAAUUGUGUGCAUGGCAAGCUCUUUGCCGGAAAAUGCCCUGCUGGGCUGGUCUUCAAUUCUGACAAGUCUCUCUGUGAAAAUGUGGAGAGCUCCGAGGAUCGACCGGAUGGAGUAAUUAGUGAGCUCGAUUGCCAGCCACACUUUACCACCUGCCUGGCUGGCACAGCUUUUGUAACAAAUUGCCCAGCGGGACUUGUCUAUUCAGUGAAAGCAAAACUAUGCGAUUAUCCUGAUGCUUGUGGGAAGGAACAGCACUCCUCAGUAGCGCCUGCAGCUGAGCCUACUCAAACGGCUGCUGUGCAUUAUCAGGAUACGAAUGCUUGUGUGCUGGAAAGACCUCUGGUCCCCUAG